UUUCUUUUCUAGCUGAUAUCACCCUGGCCGAAUGGGGACGUAAGGCCAUUGAUAUUGCAGAGAAUGAGAUGCCCGGUCUCAUGAAGAUGAGGGAGAUGUACGGUCAGUCCAAGCCCCUGAAGGGCGCCCGCAUCGCCGGCUGCCUUCACAUGACCCUGCAGACCGCCGUGCUCAUCGAGACUCUCACUGAGCUUGGAGCUGAGGUUCAGUGGUCGAGCUGUAACAUCUUCUCCACCCAGGAUCACGCCGCUGCCGCCAUCGCCAAGGCCGGCGUUCCAGUGUACGCUUGGAAAGGUGAGACUGAUGAGGAGUACAUGUGGUGCAUCGAGCAGACUCUGUACUUCAAGGAUGGUCAGCCCCUCAACAUGAUCCUGGACGACGGAGGCGACCUGACCAACCUGGUCCACCAGAAGUACCCCAAACUGCUGUCAGGUAUUCGUGGAUUGUCGGAGGAGACUACUACAGGUGUUCACAACCUGUACAAGAUGAUGAAGAAGGGCGAGCUGAAGAUCCCCGCCAUCAACGUCAACGACUCCGUCACAAAGAGUAAGUUCGACAACCUGUACGGCUGCAGGGAAAGUCUGAUCGACGGCAUCAAGCGCGCCACUGAUGUGAUGAUCGCUGGCAAAGUCGCCGUCGUGGCAGGUUACGGCGACGUGGGAAAGGGCUGCGUCCAGGCUCUGCGCGGCUUUGGAGCUAGAGUCAUCGUCACCGAGGUCGACCCCAUCAAUGCCCUGCAGGCUGCCAUGGAAGGUUAUGAAGUUACCACCAUGGAGGAAGCUUGUAAGGAAGGAAACAUCUUCGUCACCACCACCGGCUGCGAGGACAUCAUCUUGGGACAACAUUUCGAGCAAAUGAAGGACGACGCCAUCGUCUGUAACAUUGGACACUUCGACUGUGAGAUCGACAUGGACUGGCUCAACAAGAACGCAGCAGCCAAGAUCAACAUCAAGCCACAGGUUGAUCGCUAUCGUAUGAAGAACGGCCGUCACAUCAUCGUCCUGGCCGAGGGCAGACUGGUUAACCUGGGCUGUGCCAUGGGACACCCGUCCUUCGUCAUGAGCAACUCCUUCACCAACCAGGUGCUGGCUCAGAUCGAGUUGUGGACAAACACAGAUAAAUACCCUUUGGGAGUUUACUUCUUGCCCAAGAAGCUGGACGAGCAGGUUGCAGCCGCUCACUUGGAUAAACUGGGAGUGAAGCUGACCAAGCUGUCAGACAAGCAGGCCAAGUACCUGGGUCUGCCCAGCGAGGGGCCCUUCAAACCGGACCACUACCGCUACUGAGCCCGCCAGCCCGGCUGGGGAACAGAUGGGACGAGGAGGUGUGGCUAGAAGGGGUUUGGCGUUUGGUGGAUGGGAGCACUAUGAUUGUUUUUGGCCUGUUGCACUCUGGGUACCACUUGGGUUUCGGCCAAACAUCAACCUUUCAGGGAAACUGACAGUUGUGUUGUUUUUAAAACAGCCUUCCAUUUCAAAUGCUUAAAGUAUUUAGCAUUGCGCUGCGUUUAAGUGAUCCGACAUGGCCGAAGUUCGACUCAAAGACCUUUUCUGCUUUGCUAAGUUGCUCCAACGUAAUCCUCCAGCGAGCUGCUGUUUAAUCACUUGUUCCUGGUUUGAAACGCGAACCCGCGUCGAAAAGACAUCAACCCAAAGCUUCCAUUGAGUAUUUGUGUAUAUGGGACCCAGAAGCCACAAAAGAUUGUGAACGUCUUUUGUUCAGAGCAGCCGCCAACCUCAGAAUUUUAACUAAGAAUCAUCGUAUUUUCCUCCGACACGCCGUCAUUCACUGAUUCCUUCGGUCUCAUCAACACUCUGCUGAAACACCGUCUCGUGCUACUGUGACGUUCUUAAAGAGAACUCCUCUUGUUUGUGUCAUUCCCUCUUCGUUUAUGGAAUCAAAGAAACCCUAAUGGUUUUCUAGCUGGACUCUUUCCUCCGUCUCGCAGGGGCUCGAGGAACUUCAUUUCUUCUUCUUCUUCUGAAUCUUGAGGCAAACAGUUCUGUGUACAAUGGCCUUAUUCCGUUGUGCGUUCACAUUAACACUGUCCCUGUGUUAGCACUUAAAAAAAAAAGAACUGUGCGAGAAGUCGGGAGACGCUCAAGAACAUGCUUGGUGUGAAACAGGGUGUGUCCCCGCUUUAAAACGAGCGCCGCUGCCAAAGGAGCCACCAAAGCACGUCAAGCCUGAUUUUUUUUUUUUUUUAAAGUCUUAUUCUUUAUCCUGCCUCAUUUUCUUUUUUUAUAGUGAUUUAUUUAAUUUGACUGAAGGCCCUGAUGCUGGGUGACAAGGGCCCAGGGUGGAGUUUAAAGUGGUCGCUGUUCUAAACGGUUACAUCAUGAGUCGGAGCUCAGCUGCUUCUAAACAAAGGAUCCAUGUUCAAACUGUGUGACGAUAAAACCAACAAAUUAAAAAGAAAUUGGAUUCUG